AUGGUGCCGCCCGUGGUUCUGCGGCAGUUGCGAGACGUGAUCGCGACCCAGGAGGUGUUGGUGGAGGAGCUGAGGAGGCAGAUAGCAGUACUGGAGGAGAAUUCUGUCAGCUGGGUGGAAUAUGAGGCUAUUGUCAAGAAACUAGAGAAGGAAGAGGAAGAACAUGCAAAGACCAGGAGUAAUCUGGCUAAGGAAUCUGAACAGCUGGAUUUUGCCCUUGGGGAGAUUGAUGUUCUGUCGAAGCAACUUAAGAGGGAGAAACAAGCAUUUGAAAACGCACUUUCCAAUGUGAAGAAUAAAGUGCUAAAGGAAUCAAUCCAAAAAGACAAGCUGAAAAGCAAAUGUACUGAAAUUGAGAGCCAUAUUCAGAAACAGGAAGACAUUCUAAUCUCUAAAGACAAUGAGAUAAAGGAACUGCAGCACUCCAUCAACAAACAGAAGCAAUCCCUAAAAAACCAAGCAUCUGACUUCAAAAUAGAGAAACAACAGCAAUAUUAUAUAGCAAAAGUGCUUGGGAAAAAACCCAAGAAGAAUGCUAAAUAA